CUGGACACGUUCAUACGAAAAAAUUUCGAAAUCAAUCCGUCCGUCAUUGAAAUUCAUUUAAUAACACAAUUACGUUGACAACCAGUCAGAUAUUAACAACAAUUCGAAAACAAAAACCAAUAGGAAUAUACCAUGAUGUGCACUAUUAGCAAAUGCUGCUGCUGUGGUGUAAGAUGGGGAGCGUUCGUUAUAGCUGUUUUAGAUAUGAUUAUGGCGGCUACAGUAGUUAUGGAAACCAAAUAUUUAGCAUAUUAUCAAGGCUGGUUUGAAAGCAACGAUAAGCCCUCCACCUACUAUUGUUGGAUGGUGACCCUUGUUAUUCACUUUGCCCAUUUAGUUGCCUGUGUUGUGGUUAUUGUAUCCGUUUGGGUGCAAAUUAAUAAGUUGGUCAUGGCAUACCUAAUCAUUGGCAUUGUACGCAUAGUAUAUGACCUCGUAUUUUUUGUUUAUGUUUGCGUUGAAGCUGGCGCUGUAAUAAUUACCUUGUUGCUUAUCCUAAGUGGCAUCGGUAAGUGUUAUGGUUUGGCGAUAUACUUCUGGGUUGUUGCCUAUUCAUGGUUCAAAAUUCUCAGUGGUUCUAGCCCUGUCAACUAACAAGCUGAUCGAAUCGUCCCUGGAGUGAAGAUGCAUUGUGAAAUAUUUGCCAGUUCCAUAUAAAUAAUCUGGUACUUGAAAACACUGUACACUGUAAAACCCUAUUGGAUAAAAAUUGUACGUGUAAAAAAUAAAUUAUAAAUGCCAAUCAAAAAA